CAUAGAAGAAGAACGAAGAAGGGAGAAGUCGGAGUUGACUCUCGAAGGUUGAAGCUGAGAGCCAUGGCUCGAGGGCAGCAGAAGAUCCAGUCCCAGCAGAAGAACGCCAAGAAGGCGGCAGAGAAGAAGAAGUCUCAUGGCGCCGACCAGAAAACAGCCGCCAAGGCAGCACUGGUCCACACCUGCCCCGUCUGUCGGACGCAGAUGCCAGACCCUAAAACCUUCAAGCAGCACUUUGAGAGUAAACAUCCCAAGUCCCCCAUGCCGCCUGAGCUGGCCGACGUUCAGGCAUAAAGGAAAAACCCGAACCAGGAUUCACAACGACCGCGGACCAAUUACUGCGUCGCCUGAAGGAUACUAACCACCACGGGACCCGUCAGUGUUUAAUGGACAGUGGAGGAAAUGUAGAUAUGGACCGGGCAGAUAGACACCAGCAAGCCCCGCCCCUCCCUGUUUUAAAUCUUAUAUUUAUUAUGUGUAACUACCUUUGUGUCCCAGAUUGAAGGUGGACAACCCCAGCAGAAAAAAAAUAAAAGACCAGCUAGCCCAAUGUUGUGAUGUUGAACCUGAAGAUUUGAAAAUGUGGCUUUUAGACUCUUUUAACGUUUCCAGCUGCUGAAAAUAAACUUCAGAUGCACAAACAGAAUCACAAAAACAAUAUUUUAGUUAUUCUUCCUUGAGGAAACCGCAUCCCUAAGAACGGAGAUAAAUUAGGCUACAUUCACACUGCAGGCCUUAAUGCUCAAUUCUGAUUUCUUUUGCAGGUUCGUUAACAUUUCCACACGUGCAGUAGAGGCUGCAAUGACAUCACAAGCGAGCAUGCUCUGUGUUUAUGGAAGUAAACA